UGUACGGAUUACAUCCCGGCGCACUUACGCAGUAAGCUGGGAGCGAGUGGGCUUGUAGGUGUGUGCGCGAGUGUUUGUCUGGGUUCUUUUUCUUUCGCUGGGGCUGUGUUGUGCAGCAAAGAGGGCAACCCAGAGGCAGAGCCAAGUCUGGGCGUUCGGUGGCCCGUCUGUGCCAUGCGAUGAGUGGUUCUCGGGGUGCUGCGGUGGCCUCGUGGGCUGUCGAGUCCCGAACACCACUUGCCUUUCAUGUCUCGCAACCAACGUUGGAUUCAUUAACGUUAACUGGCCCCGGCCGAGCCCUGCCGCCCAAACCAUCCCCCCCGCUAUCUCCCAGUCGGGAUGCGGCCCCGGUCGAUCGCUCUCCCGGCUUCAAGAGCCUCCCGCCGCUGCCAGAUCUCGCAGCCUUCGACAUUCCCUCCUUCGACCUGGUCAGCGAGUUCGAGAAGUCAUUCGGCUUUGCCACCGUCGAGGGAGUAGCCCGAGAGCAGCCACCACAGAGGCCCGCCACGGCGACAGAAGGCACGCUUCCGCCCUCCAAAUCCGAGCGCGAUCGCCAUCCGACUACCGCGAGCGAGACGGCAGCCGGCGUCACGGUGGUGGGCGGCCACGUUCGCAACCGGAGCAGAUCAAUGGUCGACCGUCCCCUCUCGUUGUUUCCGGGCUCAACAAACACGACUCCCAGCGUCCGGGCCGGCGAGGAGGAACACCGCCCCAAGAGGCUGGGGAAGCCAUUGGACCGAUCACGAACGAUCGAGUCGUUUGCCGACUUUGCCAAGCGGUCCUGGAUCACCAAGUCGAGAUCCCCGUCGCCCCCCAGCAGACCCGAGAAGCCGCGGGGCGCCAGCCGUUCCGUCUCCGCCGAGGCGGCUCCCGCGCUCGGCACAGAAACGACUCCGGGAGGGCAGACCAAGGCCGACGCCGCGAGCACCGCCGAGCCGCCGCCUAAGAGAAGCGCCCUGAACCGCGCCAGCAGCUAUCUGACAAGGAUCAAGCAGAAGCCGCAGAACGUCUUCUCGCGGGGCCCUCCGUCCCUCACCCUCAAGACUUCUCUUGGCAGGAGCGGCGCCGCGAGCGAGUCCGAGGGCGGGACGCCCUCGGCGCCGUCCCCGAUCGGCUUCCCGGCCUCUCCUGCCGCCGUCCCGAAGAAUGCUUCUUACAAUAGCGUCAGCUCGGCCACAUCCCGCACGUCGUCGAAGGCGCCGUCCGUCGACACCGACCCGGAUACCGACACGGCAACGGCCAGCAGCGCGUCCGAGAACACCUCCCAGUCGACCGUGGACACGAACGUGACGAUGCCGCACCCGACGUCGCGCGACCCGCUCUGGGCCACGUACCGGACGCUCGACAUGGAAUUCUCCAAGUUCGCUGCCAAGAGCUCCACGGCCGGGCGCAUGGGCGUGGUCCGGUCGAUUCUGGUGCCCUUCCUGCGAAGCACGGCAUACCACCCGUCCAACUCGAACCGAGCCGUCCUGACGGCCGAGGACUUCGACCGCAGAGCGACCAUUCUGAACAAGUGGUGGAACGGCCUCUUGGUGAUGCUGACCGGCGCCAGCUCGAGGCUGCCGACCGGCCUUGGCCAGGCGAUCGCCUCCCUCGGCGUUCACUUCCCCGUCUUGCAACCAGUGGCCGGCGUCGACCGCCCGGCUCUGCUCGAGGCCAUCACCAUGAUCAUGAUGCGUCCAGAGUGGAGGGCCUGCACGAGCCAGUUCCAGCCCCUGGCCAACCGCUGCGCCCGGGAACGGGUCCGGCCGCGGUCGGGAACCGGCUCGACCGUGGCGGCGGCGCACGACCCCGAUUCUCUCCUGAUUGCCGAGUCGGCCGAGCACAACGUCCGCACCAUGUUCGUCACCAACCUCACGGUGCAGAUGGCGCUGGUCGUCGAGAAGCUGUCGCUUCGGCACGCCCCGAUGAGCCUGGUCAAUUGGUGCGGCAAGGCGUGCGCCUACGCCUUCUUCUUUGUGCCCGGCGUCUGCGACGUGCUGGUUCGCCUCUGGGGCCUGAACGCGGACCUGCUGCGCAGGGUGGCGGACGAGUUCGGGCUGCCGAGAAGGAGCAAGGGCGAGAGCGACGACAUCGUCGCCCUGUUCCCGUCGCACAUGCACAAGCUGGGCUGGUCGUCGGUCAAGACGCUCUCGGACAAGCUGCGGGUGGCCGCCAAGCUCCCGCUCCUGGUCGCCAAGAUCCAUUGGCACGGCCCUUGGGUGUCGAGGUGGCGGGGCGGGGAUACGGACCUGCUCUUCAUCUUCUGCAGGUACUUUCACGUCCUCGCCCAAGAAUUCAUGCCAGAGGGCCUCCCGCUGGUCGAGAAGGCGCGUGCCCCGGCCUUCGCCCUGGUCCACGCCCAGCUGCUGUCGAUAUUGGACAGCACUAUCCACCGCCAGGCCUCCCUCGAUGCCGUGCUGGGGCCGCCCCUUUCCGACGCCCUCCACGGCGCGGAUGCCGCCCUGACGGCGCCUCCGCUACCGAGCAAUCUGAUGAAGGGAAUGGACGAGAACCGGCUGCUGCUCCUGCUCAAAGACAUGUUGGCCGACAACUCGUUCGCCGUAGGCCCAGAGAUCAAGAAGACCUUUGCCGAGGCCUUCGUUGCCGUCACGAAGGCUGCCACCAAGAGGACGCCCCGUUUCGAGCACGCCUCGUGUUUUAUGCUGUGCGACUUCCUCGAGGAGGCGCUGGUCGUGCUCGACGCCUUCCAGACCUCGGUCAACAUGGGCGCCGCGACGUCUCCGGUCGACGAAACCGGGCGAUCUGACUACUUCUGCCAACUCGGCCUUGCCAAGCCCACCGAUUACAUCGACUGGCCUUUCUGGUUCGAUGUCGGAAAGAUGCUCAUGGACUCGAAUAAUACCAUGUCCGAGAUUCGCGUUUUGUCCUUCAUCUACACCCUCUGGGAUGCCAUCACCGCCGACCCUGCCCGCAAGGAGGCCGUCUGCCUUGGCUGGCUGCUCUCCGAAGGCGUCUUUGCAAAGUUUUUCAAUCACUGGUCUCCGAUGGUCCGCGCUUAUUACAUGCGCUUGCUCUGUUGGCGGAUCUGCAGGGAUUCGGGCAGCGCCAGCGAGGUAGACAUAAAAAUCUUCCUCGUCGUGUCGCAGCGGCUGAAGACGGUCUGGUCGCAUUAUCUCUGGCUCAAGCAGGAUGCCGAAGCCAAGGGACGCAUGCCUCCGUCGACGGCGCCUGCGUGCCCUGCCCCGGGCAAGCGGUUCAUCAUCAUCCGGACCGAAGUCCAACAGCCGCAACGCUCGCUGCGGCUCGGCUUCGACUCGUUCUCGGGCGCUUUCCCGACCGUGGAUACCCUGUUUGACUACCGCGCCCCGGCAACCGGCACCGGCGACGGCGCUUCGAGCAGCAGCAAUGGGAAGGCGGACGGCGGCGGCAUGUCGUUCAAGAAGCGAUUGUCGCUCCUGGGCAAGGUGCUCCCAUUCGGCGCCUCGCAGGACAGUCCGACGACGGAGACGAAGCGUUGGGAGGAGGAGCUGGAGCAGGCUCGCCGCGAUACGGCGGCCUCGCGGCCGACGGGCGGCUCAGGGAAGCCGAACCCGUUCGGGCCACCGGGUCCGCCGACUCCGCCAAAGCAGGGCCCUUCGACAGGCGUCGCCCCUUCCUCCGCGUCCGUCUCGUCUACCGGGUCAACGCCCACGUUCGACGCGGCCACUUUCGUCUUUCGUUUCACGCUGACAUGGCAGACGGGCCCCGGCGGCACGCCAAUGCCUUGCCCGCCCAGCCGCGACCGCAUCAUAACCCGGCCUCGGCUCCCGGCGCCCGCACAGGCCCGGGUCAGCGCCCGCUCCGGGGCCGACGGACCGCCACCAGUCUCGGCAGGCCUGCCGCCCGAGACGCGGAGGGUUAGCGGGCUGCUGCAGACGGGCUUGAUCAGCGAAGCGCGCAACGCCAGACCCCUCGCCGCCAACGACGGCGAACCCCGCAGCCCAUCGCGGGUCAAGGACGCCGAGAAACGGCCGUUGCUGAACGUCGAUAUUGCGCCACUUGGCAUAACAGGGUUCGAUGAUUACGGCGGCGAUACCGAAGGCAAAGCCGACGGCGAAGGCAGGCUAAAGGUCCAGUCCCGCAUCAGGACAAUGUCGGACUUCGGCCCGGGCGGCUCUGAGUUGGACCGCAACGGCACUCUUGAUGGUCGGCGUCGGUCGCUUGACCGUAGCAGCAACAACAACCGAGCCGGACCUGCGGUAUCCGCGCCCGUGCCCCCGCCAGUAGUCCGCCCCGAGCGCCCCACCGGGGUAUAUGCGCCCGGUGCCGUGUAUGCCGGGCGGGCGCUCGCCGAGUGGAGCAUGGUGGUUGGCGAGUGCAACAACUUUGUAGACCGCCGCCGCGACGAGGGCGUCCUGGGAUUGAGCGAGGUCGAGGUGCCGACGCUGAGCGUCGAGGGGCUUGGGAUGCGUGCGCGCGGCUAGCAGGCGACCACUGAAGUGAAGACACCCGAGGCGAGAUGGAAAGAGCCUUGACAAAACCAAUGAGCUUCUAUCCAAUUUUCUCACCACCCUUUGGUCGACGAACUCGAAGGCGGCUGGAUGACGCCUUCGUCAGGCGUAUCCUCAUCGAUACGUGUUCAUCAAAACCGGUUACGGUCGGUAUCAAACCUUCUCGAGUGUCCCGACUUGCGCAGGAGAGAGGACUUGACGAGAGAGACUGCACGGCUCGACACGGCAGAGUACGGACAGAGAGCGUCUUCUCAUUUUACAUCAUCUGCAUCUACGUCGGUUACAGCGAUUCUCUGUUUACAUAUCGAGCAUUUCUCUUUUUUUUCCGCAUACAUGCAUGCAUGCCUGGAUAUUACUACUCUGCAUUUUAUUCUUGUUGAUUUUGUCUCUGCCACAUCGAAAAGGGCGCACGUUAUCACAGGAACAAAACAGAAUUUAAAAAGGCGUUUCGGUUGGGGGUUUUGGCCCUGGGAAAUUCCCGGCUUGGGGAUUA